CUGCUGUGUCACCCGGACAGGCCGUGGGGGCGGGCAGGGGGGCGGGGCCGGGCCUGACCACAGCGGCCGAGUUCAGUCCUGCUCUCCGCACGCCACCUUAGGCCCGCAGCCGUGCCGGGUGCUCUCCAGCAUGUCCUUCAUCCCGGUGGCCGAGGAUUCCGACUUCCCCAUCCACAACCUGCCCUACGGCGUCUUCUCGACCAGAGGCGACCCAAGACCGAGGAUAGGUGUGGCCAUUGGCGACCAGAUCCUGGACCUCAGCAUCAUCAAGCACCUCUUUACUGGUCCUGUCCUCUCCAAACACCAGGAUGUCUUCAAUCAGCCUACACUCAACAGCUUCAUGGGCCUGGGUCAGGCUGCCUGGAAGGAGGCAAGAGUGUUCCUGCAGAACUUGCUGUCUGUGAGCCAAGCCAGGCUCAGAGAUGACACCGAACUUCGGAAGUGUGCAUUCAUCUCCCAGGCUUCUGCCACGAUGCACCUUCCAGCCGCCAUAGGAGACUACACAGACUUCUAUUCCUCUCGGCAGCAUGCUACCAACGUCGGAAUCAUGUUCAGGGACAAGGAGAAUGCAUUGAUGCCAAAUUGGCUGCACUUACCAUUGGGCUACCAUGGCCGUGCCUCCUCUGUCGUGGUGUCUGGCACCCCAAUCCGAAGGCCCAUGGGACAGAUGAAACCUGAUGACUCUAAGCCUCCCGUAUAUGGUGCCUGCAAGCUCUUGGACAUGGAGCUGGAAAUGGCUUUUUUUGUAGGCCCUGGAAACAGAUUGGGAGAGCCGAUCCCCAUUUCCAAGGCCCAUGAGCACAUUUUUGGAAUGGUCCUUAUGAACGACUGGAGUGCACGAGACAUUCAGAAGUGGGAGUAUGUCCCUCUCGGGCCAUUCCUUGGGAAGAGUUUUGGGACCACUAUCUCUCCGUGGGUGGUGCCCAUGGAUGCUCUCAUGCCCUUUGCUGUGUCCAACCCGAAGCAGGACCCCAGGCCCCUGCCGUAUCUGUGCCAUGACGAGCCCUACACAUUUGACAUCAACCUCUCUGUUAACCUGAAAGGAGAAGGAAUGAGCCAGGCGGCUACCAUAUGCAAGUCCAAUUUUAAGUACAUGUACUGGACGAUGCUGCAGCAGCUCACUCACCACUCUGUCAACGGCUGCAACCUGCGGCCGGGGGACCUCCUGGCUUCUGGGACCAUCAGUGGGCCGGAGCCAGAAAACUUCGGCUCCAUGUUGGAACUGUCGUGGAAGGGAACGAAGCCCAUAGACCUGGGGAAUGGUCAGACCAGGAAGUUUCUGCUGGACGGGGAUGAAGUCAUCAUAACAGGGUACUGCCAGGGGGAUGGUUACCGCAUCGGCUUUGGCCAGUGUGCUGGAAAAGUGCUGCCUGCUCUCCUGCCAUCAUGAGAUUUUCUCUGCUCUUCUGGAAACAAAGGGCUCAAGCACCCCUUUCAACCCUGUGACUGGGGUCCUCCCUCGGGCUGUAGGCCUGGUCCGCCAUUCAGUGACAAAUAAAGCCAUUGUGCUCUGAGGCCUGCACUGCCGCAGAUGCAGCUGUGCCCACUUAUGAUCGUGAUUUGAUCCAGUGGGUCAAGGUGUGUAAAGCCUCCCUGCCAGAUAUUCAUUAAUAUGUUUUCUCACUCUUACUAGUGAGGUCAGGGGUCUUUGUGGGAUUUUCUUAUUAGACAUCCCAGGCCUCCUGGUAUUCCAUGGAAUAUGAAAACAGACUGGCACCUGUAGUAGUCAGGGCUCUCCAGAGAAAUAGAACCAAGG